CAGAGAAAAAAUCAGACAAAAAAGAGAGAGAAAUCAGCUGUGUGAAAAAUCUGCGAGCUGUUUAGAGAGAUGGAAUCUUUCGACGCGCCGCCGGGCUCCUUUGACGGCGGAGAGUACACCAGCUACGACGAUUCCUACGCCGCCUUCUCCUCCGCCGACACACCGCCGUACUCAGCUCCAGCCUACACUCCGGAGUACGGCGGGGCCGAUGAGGUGCCGGUGGACCACGCGGACAGCCCAGAUCCGUUCGGAUUCGGAUCGAACCCUCCCCAGCCGUUCGGGUCAGCCGGCUCGGUUCCGAUCUCUAACGGCAACGGAGAUUCGCGUUAUAACCUCGGGGAGGAUUCGGAAGGAAUUUUCAGAUCCGACGGGCCGAUCCUUCCACCUCCGAAUGAAAUGCACGAGGAAGGAUCAGCCCUUCGCGAAUGGCGGAGGCAAAAUGCCAUUCGGCUGGAGGAGAAGGAGAAGAAGGAAAAAGAAAUGCGAAACCAGAUCAUAGAAGAAGGCGAGGAGUUUAAAAAAGCUUUCUACGAGAAACGAAAGCUCAAUCUAGAGACCAACAAGACCACCAAUCGGGAGAGAGAAAAGCUAUUUCUGGCCAGUCAAGAAAAAUUCCACAAGGAGGCCGAUAAGCAGUACUGGAAAGCCAUAGCCGAACUCAUCCCAAAUGAGGUGGCCAGCAUUGAGAAGAGAGGAAAGAAAAAGGACAAGGAUAAAAAGCCCUCGAUCACGAUCGUCCAAGGGCCCAAGCCCGGAAAGCCGACCGACCUUUCGAGGAUGCGCGGGAUUUUGGUGAAGCUCAAGCACAAGCCCCCGGCCCACAUGCUGCCACCACCUCCACCUGCUCCCACCAAGAACGAAAAAGAAGGGGAAAACGCGAAAAAUACUAAGGAGAAAUCGUCUGGUGCUGGAAAAGAGGGUUCUUCUAAUGGUGUAGUUACACUAACGGGAGAGGCGCCAGUUGCCCCGGCUGACGAGAAGCAAGCUAGCUAAAUGGGUUUUUGAUUGGGUGCUUGUAACAGGAUGAUUUCUCUUAUUUUUCUCUCUGUUUUUUUCUUUUUUUUUUUUU